GCAGUCCAUAACAAACAAGUCGCGGAUAAGGGGACGGGACCGACCCACCCGUGGGUAGUGUCUGAGUGAAACUUUGCAGCGUGACAGUGUUUAUGUCCGCGAGGGCUGUCACACAGCAACACCGUUAAUUCCUCAAGCCGGUGCGACAAAAUAGCUGGAGCAGUCAAAGCGACACUUUUACCGGACUACUCUGAGAUACUGACGCCCAUGGGACAUGGCAAUGGCCUCUAAAUCAAUAGCGGAACCAGCUAUGGAGUCCGACUCAGAGCUUUCGCGCCUGGGAGGCAUCGAGGCCUGGAAGUUGAAGGCGGGGCCGGUGCGGAAGAACCUCUUCGGGCCCGUGGAUCACCAGCAGCUGCAGCAGGACUUCCAGCGACUGUUCUGCAUGAGCGUGGAGGUGGCCAACAAGCGCUGGAACUUUGACUUCCAGAGCGACGUGCCGUUAGAGGACUCCAACAUCCAAUGGGAGGCGCUCAGGUGUCAGGAUGUGCCGGCGUUUUACCGCAGCUGCACGGUGCGGCCACUGGCGAGGUCUGGAGCUGAGAAGACAAGGGAGAGGCGGCGGACGUCGUCUUUGUCGGGCGAGGGUUCGCCUGAGUCGAGCGCCUCGUCUGUUUCUGGGGACGAGUACCUAGAAGUAACCACUAGGGGGUGCUACCGGAUCCAGCGAACGGGGAAACGCAGACAGGCUGCGAUCACAGAUUUCUUCAAGGUAAAGAAGAGGAGGCUCCUGCAUAACAAGGCUUCCUCUCGGCAGUAGAAAAAGCACAGUGAGCGGAAGAUCACCAAGUGGUCGACGUCCCUCCUCACAUCACCUCAUAUGCAUCACAUGUAGAUAUGUAGCAAUAUGCAAGUGACUGUGCACAAGCUCAUACAUGCAUGGGCUUAAAAACUUCUGACACCACAUACCUUUAUAACUCAGCACAAGGAAGCUACCAUUGCCCAAGUAAAUCAGACUCUAGAAAACGGUUUUUGUGGAUAGCUAGAAAUAUUAAUAAUACUGUAUACUCGUCAUACUGUUAGCUUUUUUUUUUCGUUAACUAUACUGUGAAAUCAUUCUGAAUGCACUCUUGCAGGAUCCAACAGAAAACAGGCUCUAGUUUGAAGAGGUUAAUGUUCUUCUGAACGUGCCUUAAGUAGUAUUUGACCUCAGCCCUUGACCUUUUUUUUUCUCCUCACCCUCCCUCUUGCUGCAAGUCAUAAGUGAUUUUCAUUUGACAAGUUUAGCCUUUAGUCUAACCCCACAGCGUGUGGGGUCAAAACCUCGCCCGGAGUCGAAAUGUGGCGACGCGACUGGGAUCAACCUUUGGGGCAAAAGGUCAGCGGUGGAGGUUUCUUAGGGAAUAUGGCUGUAUGUCAGGGUUUUAAAUUAUAAUAAUGUUUCAUAUAUCGCUAUUUAUUAUUCAGAAAAUAAAGGAAUGUGUAAAAGCGAGGUAAUUAAAUUAAACUUAGACUACAAGCCCUUAUGGCUCGUAAAACACUCCACCGUUGCCACUUAAAACUAUUUGAAACCAUCAAAACAUAGCAAAAAAAAGUACAAACUAUUUUCCCUUUUUUUGCUUUAUAUUAUUAGCAUUUUUUUGGCAACAGACAAUAAACAUAUCUUAAUGGUUGGCUUAAGCUUUUAUUAAUGUAGCAUGUUCCCAAUCUUCGUGUAAUAUUAUAAAUGCGCCUCUUUCUCCAUGAAGGGAAUGUAGUGUUUUUAUCACUGUGGUGCAGCUCAGAGGAACCAAAUCUUCUGGUUCUACCAUUGAUCUUUUUUUUAAUAUAUAAAAAAGUGUCACAUUUUCUGUUGCCGUGCAGUUGUAUAAGGCUUGUAUAUAGAAGAUACAUAUAUUUGUGUGCGAGUGUGUCAAUGUUUUUUCUCCCCUUUUAUUUUGUUUUUUCAUGGGUUUUAAAAGUUGCGGCAGCUGAUGCGGUCCGACCAAAGGAUUAAGUUGCACACUGUUUGAGCGAUCAGUUGUGGGUCACAGAACGUCUCCAACACUUUUAAAAAAAAGAGUUUUUCUGUUGUGAUCCGUUACUGCACAAUCCUCCAUGUUUUGUGACUCAAAUAGCAUGCGGCUUUCCCUAGCUACAGUGAUUCUAAUUUGUAUAAGGGUAAAAAGCCAUAGCCUGGGUUUAUCUGUUAUAACUACCUCAUCAUAAUUCAAUAACACAAAUAUAAGAAAAUCAGAAAAAGACAAAAAAAAAAAAAAUCAAUCAGUGUAGCUCAGGUUGUUUGUGUCUACGGGCAUGAAAGAGAGACAGACUCAACGAGGGGGAAGUUGUUAUUCUGUUGUGGUAAAAACCUGUUGCUUCGUGUCGGGUUCCUCAUCAGGUGAAAGAGUCAGUGUGUCAGAGGGCCGUGCAGAGGAAACUCGGCGAGGGGCGUUGUGGGGUUUGCUUUUGUUGUUGUUCCCUUUAAUUUGCUUUGACACCAUUCCCAAAACACAAAAAAAGGAAAACAACAAGAGUCAUUUUUUACCAGAACAAGAGGAAAAAUGUCUCAGAUCCUAUCUGGAUCAAAGGAUUUCUUCAUCCAGAUGAUGAGUGGUCUGUAAAUUGCCCCCCCUCUCUCUCUUUCAUGAAUCAGCUGCCUCUGUCUGUGAAAACUCACCAUGAAAGUAGUUGUUUAUAAUCAUGUUGGGUUUGACUUUCAUGAUUUUGCACAACUAUAUUUCACACAUUUCAUAAAAGCAGAAAUUGCUUCUUCUUCUUUUUUCUUUUUUUUUACUUUAUCUCUGUGUAAGUUUGAAUGUGCAUCUGUUUUCUCAGCGUGUUUGUAGUAACUUAUUUUCAGUCUUUGUCAUUUGUUUUCAGAGCGACAUAAUUUUUAAGUUCCCCAUUCUUUCUUGUUGUUUUGGUUUAGUUUAGUUUUGCUGUAACUAAUUGUUUUUCUUUGAAACCAUAUCAUUGCACUACUUUAAACAUUUUUGACAAAGGAACUACUUUUUUAUGAUAAUCUUCAAAAAUAAGGAAAAAAAAAUUCUUAUAGAGAAACAGACAUGGAGUAGAUAUGUGUCCAAGCAGAUCUGCCAUGUUGUUGAACGUGGCUUCUAACAGUUAAGCAGCAUUUUGUAGCUUUGCUCCUCAAAUCCACUAAGAGGAAAAAUAAAAAUAAAUUAAAAUCUAAAAAAAAAUUUGGACAGAAAUAGAAUGAAUCGUUAGUGUCUCACUCUGCUCAAGCAACCUCUGCUUUCCUAACUCACCUGUCGCAGCUAUAUUAAAAGGUAGUGUAUACUUUGUAUAUGCAUGAAUGUAUGACAAUAUUUCCAUACCAUUUGUAAUAAUUUUUUUUACUGUAAUUUAAUACUGGUAUGUGUAUCUUUGCAACAUGUAAGUGUGAUUAAAAGAGAUUAAUUGCUGAGUUGAA